UGGUGUUUACAUAGAUACCGGCAUCCGUGUUCCCAGCAUGUAAACGGCUUGGCGCGGCUUUGCGGUUUGUCUGGAGUAUUAUAAUAGUGCAUUCAAACAUUGCGCGGAAUUGCCGGCUGGGUUUUAGAACGAACAUGCAACAAUAAUAAUCUCCAGUAGUGACGCAGAUGUGUUUCGGUUCGCGGCGGCUCGUUUGAUAUUCACUGCUGAACGCUGAUCUUAAUCCGUUUCAACGUUUUAGAGAUAACUUCCCGUCACUAUUUAGUGCUGAGUGCUCAAAUUGCGGCGAACUAAGCGUAAUCUGAGGGCGAGUUGAAGUGCAACGGUAACCCGAUCCGAUGGAAUUGAGCUUGGAUGUGUUUGCUAAUAUAAGCAGAAAAAGGUGUCAAUGUGGCAGCUUCGCUACUGAUAGUUAUGGUUCAACUGCGGCUAGUGUGAAGUAAGAAAAAAAAUCGUUCAACAACAUGGGCAAGAGUACGAGUAAAUUAGAUAAGCGCCGAUCGCAGAGUAUAUCCUGGAGUCAUAAAUUUGGAUCACUGAACAGGAGAAGGAAGAAUGCCCCGAUGGUUAUUACUUCCUGUCCCCAUAUGGCCGUCCAAGAGUGGCUGACGAGGCUGGACCUGUCCGAGUAUCUUGAUAAAUUUCAACAAUUCAACGGCGUCGAAGAUUUCCUGUACCACAGCGAGGCAGAAAUCAAAAAGCUCGGCAUUCGAAACAACGCACAUCGGGCUCGAAUCAUCAGCAGUUUAGUCGCUUUGCGGGAAAAAUCUGCCACAGGAAGCCUUAAACAUGUGGAAUCGUUGCGGAAAACGAUGCGUCACAGUGUGGCGGUGGAAACGAGAGCGGCUAAAAGCCGGGAUAACGAGGAUACAACCAGCUAUGAGUGUCUGACGACCAGUAACGCAAAGCAAAGCAAGAGUCUGGGCGAUCUGUUAGAUAUGGAAACACCCGACGGUGGCAAUGAGGCGGUCGCACUGAAAAAAGCUCUGGAAUGGGAACUGUCACUGGAUUCGAGAGAUUUACGAUCGCACGCCUGGUACCAUGGACCGAUACCCCGCCAGCGAGCCGAAGAAAUCGUGCAAAAAGAUGGUGACUUUCUGGUGCGGGACUGCGUCUCCCAGCCCGGAAACUACGUUUUGACCUGCAGGACCAAGGGACCUACGCUGCAUUUUGUUAUUAAUAAGCUGCUGAUUCAACCUGAAACUGUAUACGAAAGAGUACAAUACCAGUUCGAGGACGAUGCCUAUGACACAGUUCCUGAUUUGAUAACGUUCUACGUGGGCUCAGGAAAAGCCAUCUCAGCAGCUUCUGGAGCACGGAUUCAGUUCCCUUGCAACCGGCUUUAUCCGCUGUCGUUUUAUGCUUCCAAGUAUGGCCAGCAGGUUGGUGGCAUUCGUGGGCCCAGCCCGCUCAAUUCGCCCUCACCUGUACCAUCGUCACCUGGGUUUAGAUACAAUCCAUACACCCAGCAAACGAACACAUAUCGCAGUCCAAUGUCUUCACCGCCGCGAACUAAGCGUGAAACGCCACCCCGUCUACCUUCGAAGAAGCAACGCUCGCAAUCCCUCACCCCAUUGCAAGGAGUUCAAUCGACACAGCAGCGUUAUUGCAGUGCCGAUGGUGUGAUACAGACAAAUGGAUCGGACGGAAAAACCCUUUCCAAACCAUCGAGACUAACUGGUUCUAAUGAGAAGUGCAAUAGCGCUGACGGAAUCAUUCAGACUGAUUCCACCGUUAGAAUAACACUCGGGGAUGAGAAAUGUUCCAGCGCCGAUGGAGUUGUGAAAACCCAAGCCCUUACACGUUCGGGUACGAUGGAACAAACGCACAAAGUUAGCUCCCAAUCGCUUCCUCGUUCCAACAGCUUGCGUUCUUCCCGUGGCAUGAUGGGCUCACGAACAUCCAGUAUCAACAAAGAACCAAGCGAGCACUCGUUAAGCCCCUGUAUGGAGCAAAAACAUUUUGCAGAAGAUGAAGAAGAAACGGAACAACCACCCAGCCCUCCACCGAAGCCGAUUCGAGGAGUCAAUCGAACUGAUUCGAUGAAGGAAUCCGAUCCGCACGGUCCGACCCAUCGGAUGGGAUCGUACCACCCAAGCGGAUCCGACUCCGGAAAUGGUUCCGGAGACUCAGCUCAAAGUUCCGCCACAGGGGAUGAAGCAGUUUUACAACAUAGAGGGGGAGUUAUAUUGAAAAAUCCUCGCUUCUUUCCGAAUUCCAUGGCCUCGAUUACGUUGCGAUCAUACGUGGACUUUGAUCCUACUGCUGCCGAGGAAGCACUACUAUCGAUGACCAUUCCAACCUACGAGCAGGUCUCACGAUUUGAUUUGGAAGAAUUCAACACUCUGAUGCUCCCCUUCUGUGAUUGCAAACCGCUGGACAGUGGAACGCUGAACACGUUUCGCAUGAUGCUCAGCGAAACGGGCUCCCGGGUGAUUGCCAAUCACCUCACCAGGGUCGAUAUUAGUUUGAUCUUAGAACAAGACGAAGAGCGUAAGGAUGAUCCCCUCAACUGUACUGGAUUGGAAUUGAUCACUCUGGAACAGGGUAGACAAUUUCGGUUGGAUCUGAUCGAACGAACCGAAUGCAUGAAACUGCUGGUAGCAGUCACAAUUCUGACCUGUCACGACGAUCUGGAACGCGCGGAGACCCUCAACAAGUGGAUUCAAGUAGCGGUGGAAACGAAAACUGCUCUCGGAAAUUUGUUUGGGUUCUGCGCUAUAAUGCUUGGACUUUCUAUGCCGCAGAUACAAAAACUAGAAACCACAUGGCACACGUUGCGCCAAAAAUACACCGAUAGUGCAUUUAAUUUCGAAGCGAAACUGCGGCCAACGCUCAACAGCAUGAACGAUUGCUCCAAUCCGCAGGCACCGAACACCACGAUUCCGCACAUACUGCCAUACAUACUGCUUAAGGAUCGCACAAUCAACGAUAUCAUGAUAGAUCCCUCGCAAGCGCAGAGUUCCUCGCUGGUCGCCAGCUGCGUUACACCGUGGGAAACCAUCACUCAGGAUUUCGGCUUUUCUAUACUGUUUGCUCAUCUGGACUCGGCUAGGAGUUUUGUCAACAAUCUGUCACUUUAUCGCAAGAACGCUCAGACCAUUAUGCAGGACACGAGUCGGCUCGAUACGCUACUGGAGGACGCAUUCAGGACGGAGUUCCAGGUCAAGUUCCUGUGGGGUAGCAAGGGGUGCUUCAUGCCCGCCGAGGAUCGCCACGCCAAGUUUGAACACGUACUCAGCGUAAUGGCUGAUAAGUUUUGCAACGAUGCUGCCUUGAAUGCAGCGGGUUAAACUCUGAACUCACCGUUAAACAUUCUGUAAACUGCUCGUACUACUUUCUUCAACUUUCAACUCAUCAACAUCUUUCAUCUACAACAGAAGAAUUUAUCGGAAGUACAUCUUUAUAGGCAAUGAACUUUCUACACAACACUUUUAGCUCAAAUAUUGAAGAAAAAAAACGAAUCAAACAAAACAAUAAUUUAAACUAAAUAAGCAGUACUGGCCUUCAUGGCCAAUACCGGACCUAAGUUUUGGAAGUUGUUUUUAAAAUGCCAUAUACUACAGUAAGCUCUCGGUAAAUAUUUACCAGCGUAAUGCAGCGUAGUCAGGCUGAAUCGAUUUUAUAUAACUGAAUCAAAUCUAGUCGAAACAAACCAAUAAUCGAAGUACAUACUAAUAGCGUGCAUUCAUUUUGUGUACUUAAGCGAACGGAAUAAUUGUGAUUUGAUAACUUUCUAUUUAUUUUCGAAGAGCUCCGGUAGCUUGUAUUGACGGGAACUGUUGUUUAAAAUAGUUCGAAGAAGUAUUACAACAAAGGUUAUCCGUAGCGUUCAAUUCACUGAACAUAAUUUAUAUGGAAAUAAUUUUACGGUUCAAUCUUUCCUUCACAAAAAAGUUUGGCUUUGUUGCACACACACAUGUCAAAGUAACUGGAAAUAAUUUAAAAAAGCUGGAUCCCAAGAACGAUCCACUUAUAAAAUAGACUGAUGUUUUAGGCUUUCUAAAAAGCGUUUUAAAUAUGUUCAAACCUUCUGAAGCAAUACCUAUCUUUAAUUGAAUAUCAACGUAAUUGAAAAUUCGUAACUCUCCCUUUCUCCCUCUCCAUUUUCAUACACUUCCCACAAAAAAAAACCGUAAUUGUAUUGUAGUGCUAUUGUAGACGCCCGUAUUCAUGAUAGACAGCGCAAGUUUAUCCAUAUAAACCAGGUAGGCAACAGUUAUAAAUAAAAAUAGUUAAUCAUGGGUACGUUUUGUGCUGUCAGCGGUAUGAUAAUAAUGCUAACUAUUUAUAAUAAUGAAAAUCUACUCUUCACAAAACAUAAACGUACAUAACGCAUUUUCACUAACAAAUGUUGGAUUGAAGCAAAUUAAUUAUACAUAAAAGCAUUUUUGUUGAGUUUGAACACGAAACUUCCAGCAAUGGGCGUACCGAUCAGUUUCAGUACCUACAUCCUGGAGUUCUUGCGAGAAAUCUAAGGUUUAAAAAACUAAACCAACUAACCAAUAAACGUUGAAUAACUCUGUAGUAUAAACAUAGCGAUUGAACACGUUUUCACGAUCUUAUUUACAUACCAUGUGACAUAGCCAUUUUCUCUAUAAAAAAAAAACAACAAAACAAAACAAAAUAUGAUAGCGAAGGCAUGAAACGUAGACGUGGACGUGAGAGGAGAAAUACAACCACAGAGACUUUGAGGCGGGUGAAAACUGGUAAAGGAAAGUAUUACGCAAACUGUAAGAUGAAAGAGUACCGUAACAUGUAUUGUACAGAAGGCUGGUCGAACAGUAAGAUAUUCGGAGAAGAAGCUCGAGAUCUGUACACAUACACACAAACCAUAAGCGUAUAAAUAGUAUGAUAUUUGAACAGGAAAUGAUAUAUGAUAAAUAGAAUUUGAAUAAAAUAAUUAAAUGUUUUAUUCUAGUUUUGUGC